GCGUUCCUCGCCUCACGGUUCACCUUUCCUACGGCAGACACCCGGAGGCGUGAAACUCACGUUAAAGGUUAAUAUGCUGCAUCGACGCAGCGCAUGGCUUUAAUGGUGUGUUUUUGUCUCCCGCAGAUUUUUUUCCCCUCUACCUUUAUCUCGCGCGAGUUUCGGUGUGGGGUAGCCCUGCGCACUGAGAGCUGUUUGUCCGCCAUCACUGUGCAGAAAGAGCCGAGCACUUGGAGUGGCGGCGGCGGCGGAGUGACAAUACCAGCCCAGAAAGAGGGACGUAGACACGCCGGAGAGGUCGAGGGGGCUAAACGGCAUUCCCGUCGGCACAUUUUCCCGCAGCUGCCCACGUAGUCUUUAAUGUAAAUAAAGAAACAGACGCGAUCCAAACAUGUCCAAUCUAAGCAAAGGCGGCACCAAGAAGGACACCAAGAUGAGGAUACGAGCCUUUCCUAUGACGAUGGAUGAAAAAUAUGUUAACAACAUCUGGGACCUUCUGAAGAAUGCCAUUCAGGAGAUACAGCGGAAGAACAACAGUGGGCUCAGCUUUGAGGAACUGUAUAGAAAUGCAUACACUAUGGUGUUACACAAGCACGGAGAGAAGCUAUAUACCGGCCUCAGAGAAGUCGUCACAGAGCAUCUAAUCAAUAAAGUACGGGAAGAUGUCUUAAAUUCAUUAAAUAAUAAUUUUUUGCAAACAUUAAACCAAGCAUGGAACGACCAUCAGACAGCUAUGGUGAUGAUUAGAGACAUCCUGAUGUACAUGGACCGUGUAUAUGUACAACAGAAUAAUGUGGAGAAUGUCUACAACCUGGGGUUAAUUAUUUUUAGAGAUCAGGUUGUACGCUAUGGGUGUAUCAGAGAUCAUCUCCGACAGACGCUUUUAGACAUGAUUGCACGAGAGAGAAAGGGCGAGGUGGUAGACAGGGGAGCUAUACGGAAUGCUUGUCAGAUGCUGAUGAUUCUAGGCCUUGAAGGAAGAUCAGUGUAUGAAGAAGAUUUUGAAGCUCCGUUUUUAGAAAUGUCAGCAGAAUUUUUCCAGAUGGAAAGUCAGAAAUUUUUAGCUGAAAACAGUGCAAGCGUGUACAUUAAAAAAGUAGAGGCUAGAAUUAAUGAAGAAAUCGAACGAGUGAUGCACUGCCUUGACAAAUCAACGGAAGAGCCCAUUGUAAAAGUAGUUGAGAGGGAACUCAUUUCUAAGCACAUGAAGACUAUUGUGGAAAUGGAAAACUCGGGUCUAGUGCAUAUGCUGAAAAAUGGAAAAACAGAAGAUCUGGCCUGUAUGUACAAGCUGUUUAGCCGAGUGCCAAAUGGCUUGAAGACAAUGUGCGAGUGUAUGAGCUCCUACCUUCGGGAACAAGGCAAAGCACUGGUAUCAGAGGAAGGAGAAGGAAAGAACCCUGUGGAUUAUAUCCAGGGUCUUCUGGAUCUGAAGAGCCGGUUUGACCGUUUCCUUCAAGAAUCAUUCAAUAAUGAUCGGCUUUUUAAGCAGACAAUUGCUGGAGACUUUGAGUACUUCUUAAAUCUAAACUCCAGGUCACCAGAAUAUCUCUCCUUAUUUAUUGAUGAUAAAUUGAAAAAAGGAGUAAAAGGACUGACGGAACAGGAAGUGGAGACUAUUCUGGACAAAGCAAUGGUUCUUUUUAGAUUCAUGCAGGAAAAAGACGUGUUUGAACGUUACUACAAACAACACCUGGCGAGAAGACUUCUCACAAACAAGAGUGUUUCUGAUGAUUCGGAAAAGAACAUGAUCUCGAAGCUCAAGACGGAGUGUGGCUGUCAGUUUACAUCCAAACUGGAAGGAAUGUUCAGGGACAUGAGCAUUUCAAACACAACUAUGGAUGAAUUCCGGCAACAUUUACAGUCCACAGGGGUCUCUUUAGGUGGUGUUGACUUGACUGUCAGAGUACUCACAACAGGCUACUGGCCCACGCAGUCUGCCACACCAAAAUGUAACAUCCCCCCAGCGCCAAGACAUGCUUUUGAAGUAUUUAGAAGGUUUUACUUGGCGAAACACAGUGGUCGACAGCUUACACUCCAGCAUCAUAUGGGCUCUGCUGAUUUAAAUGCUACUUUUUAUGGCCCGAUUAAAAAGGAGGAUGGUUCAGAGGUCGGAGUAGGAGGAGCUCAAGUGACAGGAUCUAACACCAGAAAGCACAUACUACAGGUUUCAACAUUUCAGAUGACAAUUUUAAUGCUCUUUAACAACAGAGAAAAAUACACAUUUGAGGAAAUUCAGCAGGAGACGGAUAUCCCUGAGAGAGAACUUGUCAGAGCUCUUCAGUCGCUGGCAUGUGGAAAGCCAACACAGCGGGUCCUUACUAAAGAGCCCAAGUCGAAGGAAAUUGAGAACGGGCAUGUGUUUACAGUCAAUGAUCAGUUUACUUCCAAAUUGCACAGAGUAAAGAUCCAAACAGUUGCAGCCAAACAAGGAGAAUCGGAUCCUGAAAGAAAGGAAACGCGGCAGAAGGUAGACGACGACAGAAAGCAUGAGAUUGAAGCUGCCAUUGUACGCAUCAUGAAAUCCAGAAAGAAGAUGCAGCACAAUGUGCUAGUAGCAGAGGUGACUCAGCAGCUGAGAGCGCGUUUCUUACCAAGUCCAGUUGUCAUUAAAAAACGAAUUGAAGGACUUAUUGAGAGAGAAUAUUUGGCGCGAACACCCGAGGAUCGUAAAGUAUAUACUUAUGUAGCAUAAAGUGCAUUUGAUGAGACACCAUUUUUGGACUAUGUUAUUCGCAUGAACUGGGAAGUUCCUUUUAACUAUAAAUACUGGGACGAUGACUUCUCCUCCAUUUAAAAAAUAAAAAAAAUCCAGUAAGUGUUCUAGAUUGUUUAAAUCAGGCCUUUAUUCCCUGUGAGAAUUUUCAACAUGAAUGGAUCCAGCUUCAGGCUUUUCACCGUUUUACCCUUGUAGAGAUCGACAUUAAAGAAUUCCUUGGGAAAAAUGUGAAUGCACCGCAUUUUGUUUUCAAUACUGUAAAAAAUAAGAAAAUAAUAAAAACUAGCAAACGUGGAUUGCUAUUAACACAAAUAAAAUAAUUGUUGAUUUUUUUUCUCCCCAGUUUUUAAUGUCAAUGUAAAUGUGUUUUCUUAGUGUUUCGUAGCAACUCGCUGGUUGUACAGGUUUGAUGUCAAACAGGAUGAAAUUCUGCUUCAAGGGUUUUACUCCAAAUGAUGAAUAUAUAUAACAAUACUUUUAUUGCUGAUUUGCAAAGAACAAGGGAAUUGCUUUGUAGCAUGCUAUAUUUUAUGAAUCUGAGUAUCUCUUACACUAGCUCUGAGUUUUUGGUGGGGCCUCUUGUGAAAUUUCAGCACAAUAUUGCUUGUUCCUUUUGAUAUUAGGUUCUUCCAAAUGCAAUUCUCAAUGGGUUAGGUUUUUCUGACAUUUUAAAAGGAACCAAAUUAAAACUGUUUUAAUGUGUAUAAAUUGUAAAAUAAUUGUUAUUGUACUCACUGCCGAAGUGGAUUGUACAGGGCCUUGUUUUCAUCGUAUUAAAUGUAGAAAAAGGAAAUUAAAAAAAAGUGGAUUUACUGUU